GAUUUGAAUUCUGGCACAGUCCUACAGUAUAUGUGCAUAACGUUUCAACCAGGCAGUGUAGCAUGUCGUCGCCAUGGAAACCUGUUUAGUUGCUGCAGUGCGUUUGCGUAGUUCGUGUGCGUGGACUGUGUUGAAAAUGACUGAGUCGAGGGAAAUAUUUCCAAGGUGUUUGAAAAAUUAACGUGUUUACUUUUCUUGUUCGUGUUUAUUUUGUUAACUUGUAUUAUAUAUAUUUUCGUGGUGCAUACAGUGGUGUUUUUAGCAUAUAAGGAGUUCAGUCCAUCCGUAGCUAACGUUAGUUAUUUAGCUAGCACAGUACUGUUCUUGCUACAGCAGUACAGUAGCUUUUUAAUGCUCUGCUUGGCCAGUAAGAUGCUGUAAGCUACAGCUAACGCUAGCAAUUUUAACCAAAUGUACAUGCUCAUCAUUAGCUAGCUUUAGUUGCUAAUUAUGGUACUGUAGUCAGAAGCAAUUAAACAUUUUUAUCAAUCGAAGACGAUUGUAUCAUGAUGCUGUUACUUGGAACAAAUCAGACGCGUUAGCUAACGUUUACUAUGGCAAAUAUGAAGUUGAAGUUUACUUAAAAACAUUUAUUCUGCUAGUUAUUUCGAAAUUAACGACUUAGAGUUAUGUAUACUGUAUAGACCACAGGUUUUUAUAUUUUGUUUUUAUUUUAUUUAUACUGGAAAACCAGCUGAGACGGAGUAGGUCUCAUUUACAGGUUACUUAGGAUGGUAUUAAGGUUUAUCUACUGUACUAGGUCGUGUUAUCCUAGAAUAAACAGCUGAAGAUACAGGACAGUACUGUAAGGGUGUCCUUGGAAAUGUACAGAAAUUGUGCAUCACAGUCUGUGACAGUAGCAGUGGGUGACAAGGUUUUUAAUGUGCGAGAAUUAAGUGAAAUGUAAGCAUUUUUUCAUUAUUUACACCAUUCAUAGAAAGCUGAGAGGACGAUUAUCAUACUUUUUCAGAUGCUUGGAUUGUAACUAACGGUACUCAUCAGUCAUCUAUAUUGCUACACACGAAGUUCCACUGUAGCUGAGCUAACACAUCAAAGAAGCUUUCUCGUGGGUGGAACAGCGAGCUUUCCCCAAAUCAAAGAAUUCAUCUUACUCAUUCACAGUUUGGAGUCAUGACCACGACAAGGAUAUAACACUUGCGACAGCUACUCAAAAAAGGAGAAUAAAACACAUAUGUUCGUCACCAAAAUGACUUUCAACCAGUCCAGUCUCUUUGGACAGGUAGAAGAUCUGCAAGACUUGUCAUUCAUCGAAAGACCUAUUCGCAGGAGUCUUAAGACUGCUGAAGAGAUAGAGAAGCUGACCGUGGAUGAGGAUUUGAAUGACAUUGAGCGGGCAGUCUACCUCCUCAGCUCAGGUCAGGAUGUCCAGAGAGCCAGUGUAAUCAUCAACCUGCCAAACCUGGUGCGUCAGAAUCCUGCAGAGACCUUCCGGCGGGUAGUGCCAAAAGUCCGGGAAGUACUACAUGUAGCUGGGGCAGACAUGCAACUGGCGGCAGCAGGCUCCUUUUUGACUGUGCUCCAGGAUGACAUUGUCCUCAUACAGACACACACCCAUUCUAUCCUGCAGAUUGUUCUACUUAACCUGGACCACAGGGAUACAGUGUUGAGCAAUGCAUGGCUAGAAACGUUGCUGUCUGCAAUUGAUGCUUUACCAAAAGAAACCAUCAGACAGGAGAUUCUCAGUCCGCUAGUGUCCAAAGCUCAGCUCUCACAGUCCGUGCAGGCUCGCCUAGCCAGUUGUCGUAUCCUGGGGAAGGUGGCCUGCAAGUUUGAGUCUCCAGUAGUGAAGAAGGACCUCCUGCCCCUGGUGAGGUCCCUUUGCCAGGAUGUGGAAUAUGAGGUCCGCUCCUGCAUGUGUCGCCAACUGGAGAACAUCGCCAGAGGAAUCGGACUGGAUUACACCAAGGCAGCAGUGCUGCCUGAGCUUGUCGAAUUGUCUCGGGAUGAGGGGAGCACCGUGCGCCUGGCCGCCUUCGACACCAUCAUUAACUUGCUGGAGAUGUUCGACAGUGAUGACAGGACACGUGUUAUUUUUCCGCUGGUGAAGACGUUCUGUGAGAAGUGUUUUAAAGCAGAUGAAGCGGUACUGGCUACAUUGUCGUUUCAGUACGGCAAGCUCUGUCAUGGACUUUCAGCAUCUUUCACAGAUGAGCAGCACCUGUGGUUUCUGGAGUUCUAUAAGAAGCUGUGUGUUCUGGGUCUGCAGCAUGAAAACGACCAUUUGGACAUCCAAGCCUACCCGCUGGAGCUGGAGACCAAAUACGCCCUUGUGCGACGCAACUGUGCGUACAAUUUCCCUGCCAUGCUGUUAUUCGUUGACCUCAACCACUUCCUGACGGAGCUAUACCCCACUUUUUCCAGUUUGUGUCACGACCCUGAGAUCACGGUACGGCGCACAGUGGCGGAGGGCUUCCAUGAGGUUGUCAAGUUGUUGUGCCCCAAUGUCCACUUCAUUCACAAGGAGCUGGUUGUCUUACUGCAGGAUGACUCACUUGAGGUUUUAGAUGCGCUACUAAGCCACCUUCAGGAGAUUCUGGAGUUGGCUACAUCAAGAGGAGAAGGGCCAGGACCUGAGAGCAAGCAGGUGAACAUCCCUGACCUGGUUCCUGCGCUGGUGGCGGCCGAGCAGAAAGCAGCCACGUCACUCCGCUGGCGGGUUCAUGAAAGGUUGCUGCAGCGCUAUGCCUGCCUGCCCCGUGUCAUCUCUGCUGACCAAAUCUACUUCCUCUUUCUGCAGAGGAUGUUCACCAUCAUCACCACCAACAAUGUUCUUCCUGUCCAGAGAGAAGCGACCAGGACACUUUGUAUGUUCUUACGCUACAACCGCAAGCAGGAGCAGCGACAAGAGAUCAUCUGCAAAGUGCUGCAAGAGUUGGCCAGUGGCAGAAGUUACUGGAACAGGCUCCGCUACCUGGACCUAUGUGAGAUUGCCAUGGAGCUCUUCUCCAAAGAUUACUUUUGCAAGCAUUUCCUCAUCCAGGCUCUGGAGCUUGUCAACGACCCUGUGGCUAAUGUCAGGUAUAAGCUGUGCCACAUGCUGCCCAGACUAAGGUCCACCAUCAGGAUGCCUGCAGACAAACACCUCCUGCAGCAGCUGGAGUUCUGUGUGCGCAAACUCCUCUGCCGGGAGAAGGACAAGGAUGUGGUUGCCACCGUUCGCAAGACAGUGCUGGAAUUAGACAAAAUGGACAUUACAGAACCUUACCAUAAGCGACAUGAGAGAGAUCUCCUGGACCAGAAGAAAGAGAAGGAAGAGGCUCUACUAUUGGAGAUGGAACAACUAGAGAGACAGCAGAGUGAAGCCAAGCUAACCAGUGAGAAACACAGUGAAAAGAAACGUAGGGACAGUAAGACGGGUUUGUCAGGGACAAAGGGCCAGUCUGGAUCCACGUCUGGGGUCACUUCGUCAACAUCCUCCGGUAAAGAGAUGAGGAAGGCCAAACUGUCACGAAGUCGCUCACUCAGCAGCCAACCUACUACACCCAAGAUGGCUAAUGCAGACAAAACUCUAAAGGUGAAGGAUUCAGGGAACUGUCCUGCAACAGUGAAGAAUUCUAUGGUUCCUAUGAAUGAAGAGGAGCUGCGGUCCCUCCACUUCAGCAUGGCAGGAGCGUCGUCAGCGCUUUCCCCGACCCCUUCGUCCUCCUCAAUGCCUGUUCUGAUCCGCAGCAACACCACCAACACUCUGGUGGACCACCCACACCAGCACCAGCACCGCAGCAGCACACUGGACCACCGUACCACCAACGGGGGCAAGGACACCCAGUCCAGAAAACUCUCCAUACAAAGGAAGUCCAACUCUUUUGGUAUGCAGUCAGGGAGAGAAUGAAGCUCGCUGGCUAUAUGGAAAGCAAUGACAGCGCCCUUAGUCCCUAGUGAUGAUGGAGGUCCUCGAGGUCAAGGCAUUGAGAAGACCCUGUUGGCCAGAACCACCACACCCCUGCUCUGACACUCAUCCUCCAUGUACCUCAAGUAGUCAAAAUCCUAGCUACGCUUUAGAUUUCUAAAGACAGACAAACCCUAAUAAACACUUCGUUGAAUCGUAGGGUAAAGAUGUCUGGAGUCUUAAUUGCACCGAUGGGUAACAGAACAAACAUCAAAACUCAUCUCUGCCUUAUUCCACAAAUCCUCAUGUACCAUUGGUCAACAAAACAAAUCCAAAUGCAUUCCAUAUGUAACAGUAUGUCUUUUAUUUGAAUCUAUUUGUUGGCUAAUAAAAGGUAUGCCUGUAUUAUA